AUGUGCUUAUAUGUAGAUGACUUGAUCUUCACGGGGAACAAUCCAACCAUGUUUGAAGAGUUCAAGAAAGAAAUGACAAAUGAGUUCGAGAUGACCGACAUUGGAUUAAUGUCUUACUACCUCGGUAUUGGAGUGAAACAAGAAGAUCACGGAAUCCUAAUCACUCAGGAAGGUUACACUAAGGAGGUACUCAAGAAGUUCAAGAUGGAUGACGCAAACCCAGUCAGCACGCCAAUGGAAU